AUGAACUGGACUGGAGGCCGUCUACAGCGACGCUCAAAAGAUCCCAACGAACUCCAGAAACAAAGAUUUGCAAAGCGCAGGCCAAGGAGAACUGGUGACGCCCAAAUACCCGGAAUCUUCCAGAGACUGUCGCAAUUACAUAGCCCCAGGUCGCAACAGCGUAUACUUAGCGGGAGCUACGAGCGACGAGACCAAUCCAGCAAAAACUUACAGGGGCGGUCCAAUACUCCAUACUCCAGCAUACACGAGCGACUAGGCCGCAAUUGGUACCAUCCGUCUAGUCAAGAUGUCAUUUACGCCUACGGAGGAACUGGAGAGAUUUGGAAAAAGGCGGAAACUGAUAGAGGCGGCCGAGGCUUCGUGAGGAAGCGCGAGAGCGCGCCAUCCGAGCUUGGAACGAUGGGAAACAUGGAUAUCCAAAUAUAUCGGCCGCCAGUUGAUCCGGCAUCUUCGAGUACUAGUCACAAAAAAGCGAGUAACGAAUCGUCCCAGCCAAUGCUUUUGGACAGGGAGGAUUCCAACCUUGUAGAUCGGAGUUUAUCACCAGACGGAGGGACAUACAGUCCAAGAAGGGGAAGAACCAUUUCCAGCCAAUUACUUCUAUCGUCUCAGAACCUUCCCAGGCAGUCACAAUCUCUUGCACCAUCAGACACCAUUUUUCCUAUCGAAUCUGUAUCUCAAGAAAAAUACCAGCAGCACAUUCAUCAAUUCAGUCCUUAUCCAUAUCUACAACCAUCUAUGUCGCCCAUGAGGCUCCAUAGCAGCACUCCCAGCCUCCACCAGCCAAUCCCACAACUCCCAAGACGUUUUACUAUUGACGACCAAAUCGCUGCUGAACUGGAAGAUAUAUAUGCGCACUUACGUCAUAGCGACACAGCCGGUAGCUAUGCGACAAGCAAGUGUUCGUCCGAGAAGAUGCGCAAUGGACAUAGUUUUGGGUGCACAGCGUCCGGUACACGAUCUACUUCGAGCAACCGGUUCUCUAGCUGGCUUCCGGAACCAAAGCAUCAUGUUCAACGGUUCAUGGGUCAGAACUAUCAUCAGACCAACACAUCAUCUGCGGUUACAAUGUCGGAGACAGUCGACCGUGAGCAGCCGGUAUACAAUAACAAUCCUCAUUUCAACCCACCCCAAAGCUAUAUAACUCUCAGUCUACAGCAUACUCAAAUACAGGAAGAUACAAAUCAGAGAAGACAUAUAUUAAAUGGAUUCAGUGGUAUAGCAGUGAGCCAGCCAUUUAGUGAUCGACUGAGAAGAGGUUUUGAAAUAUACCAAGAUACAUCAUUUACGCCAUCUCGCCAGAGAAUCUCGAGACAGCUUGCUCGGAAUAAUAUGAGACUUCUGAAUGAUAUUGCCGAAAAGCCCUUCAAAUUCUACGGGCGCCUUGGGUAUGAGCUACCUUGA